AAGAGCCUCUGUGAGCCAUCUGAGAAGGCACCGCUGGCACAUUCUGUUUCUCACCCGCUCCUCUGCCGCAGCUCAUCUUGUCCAGUCAGGUGACCACAGUGUUUCCAAGAUGACGACGCCCUUUCAUUGGCUCCUGGUGGUCUUGUGGCUGCCGUCCAUCACUGUCUUCUCUGUUCCUUUCCAAUCCUGUCUGCAUGAUGAGGUCCAGUCAUCGGUCUCAGUGGUAUCCGCUCCUCAAACCCCAAAGAGUGGCAGCCGAUUACAGCCGGCCGGCCUCUACCUUCGCCAGUCUCUGUCACCGAUGCUGCCCAUCCGCAUUCACAGCUGGAUGGCUACCAGCCAGUCUGAUCUGAGUGUCAACGAGAGAGUGCGCCUGGACAGUGCCGUCAAUGAAGCCACUGUGAUCAUCGCUAGCUUCCUGUCUGUGAAUCGAGUUCCAGGGCGACUGCUCCUCAAUCGUGACAUCAACAAAUACUGCAAGUCCAUCUGGAGGAACCUUAGUCUGCCCAAUUACAACCGAUGUGGGAUUAGCAAUGAGAACUACCGGAUGGAGACCUGCCUGGAUGUAGUGAUUCCAGAUGAGCACCUUAGUGGUUAUGCAGUGUGGUCAGCCACUGGUGAUCAGCCACGGGAAGUCAUCAAGGUGGAUGGUGUUGGAGUCAUGGAUGCAGAUUUCCUUCUCUACGUUCAGGCUGCCGAUACUGAUAAGUGCCGUAGUGAGCCUUCAGUUAUCGCAUACGCCUCUUACUGCCAGCUUGACGCCAGUGACCGUCCGAUUGCCGGAGCUGUGGUGUUUUGCCGGGCCCGUCUGACAACCAAGCAGUUUAACCAUCCAAAAACAGUCCUGACAGCCGUCCAUGAACUGCUUCAUGCAUUGGGCUUCUCACGGGAUCUGUUUGACAAGUGGAAGGACUGCUCCGACAGCCCAGCUGUUGGCAUCAGCUGCUCUUCACGCAGCUCUGUAACCAAUACCGACGAGUACGGCCAACUCCGGAUCUACACCCAGAAGGUGAUCAAAGCCAUGCAGGACCACCUCAAGUCCAGCUCCCAUGAAGCAGGUGGGCCGUUGGAAAAUAAGGAUGGAGUAGGUGUGCUCUCUUCACACUGGGAAGCUCGGUUCUUACAGGGUUCCAUAAUGGCUGCCUCAAUGGGAGAGCCGUGGCAGGUCCAGAUUGAUCAGAUUACCUUGGCUGCCUUGGCUGACACUGGAUGGUACCAGGUGAACAUGAGUGCUGCAGAGUCUCUCGUCUGGGGAGCUGGAGAAGGGGACUCGUUUGGGCUGAAAUCCUCCUGCACUGCUGAAACCUCUCAGUUUUUCUGCAGGGGGAGUGGCCCUGGCUGUCACUACCUACAUUUUGACAAAGGUGUGUGUACCACUGAUGACUUUCUGGAAGGAUGCCGGAUAUACAAACCUCUCAGUAACAACAGCGCAUGCUGGAUAGAAGCGAAUGGUGCAGUGGACACGACUUGGUUAAGUGGGGAGAUUUUUGGUCCAGAGAGCCGCUGUUUUUUCGCCAAUCUUUCCCGUGAGAACUCCACCUCACAGAAUGAGACGGCACUCAGCCUCACCGGGAGCUGUUAUCUGCACAGAUGUAUCGGAGAGAAUGCCUUCCAGGUGAAGGUUCUGGGGUCAGACUGGCUGAACUGCACGGCUGGAGAAGCAAUUCAGGUACCAGGAUACACAGGGGUCUUGUUCUGUCCAGAUGGCCGCCUGUGUGGCCCUACAAGAGGUCGUCUUGUUCCUUUCGUGCAAGCCACAACUGUCAGCUCUGUCACCAGUCCUAGAUCCACUACAGGGGCACCUGCCAUGGUGAUGUUCUCUUCUGUUGAGGUUGUGUUCAUGGUCAUGGAGAAGACCUCUGAGGUGACCACAACAACAUGGUCACAGCAUGCCAAUCUGCCAGUGGAGGCCAUGAUAAAUGCCACUGGAAUUGACAGGUGCCACUUUCAAAAUGUUUUGCUUCACGACCCCUUACACCUGACCCUAGAUCUGGUGUGGCAGUCGCCCAAGUGCAGGACCAUGUCCCUCACCGAUGUGUACCAAACGCUGUGGUCAUCAGUACAGCAAAGACAAAUCUCCUACUGGCUGCAGGGGACCAACUACACUGCCUAUGAAGUCAAAUUACUGAGCUCAUCUCUUGGCUUUCCUGAUAUCUCUGCCCUGCCUGGGGCACCCAACUCCUCUACAGAGAGGAUGAUGUCUUCAGUGGUUGUUGCCGCCCUGUGUGGCGGCCUAGGGAUGGUGUUGGCCUUCUCCUUGGUUUGUGUUGGCCUCACGCUGCUCUACAAGAGGAAGCGUCUAGCCAGAAUUCGGGUUCACCACCAGAGCUGAAGCAGUGGGUCAUAUGAGUGCUGCCAUGCUGCUCUGUAGAGGGCAUCAAUACUGGCUGAGCUGAAUGGAAAGCCUGGGCUGGGAAAUGAAGAGAAUCUCAUAGGAGGCUGUUAUAUCCGCUAAAGAGGCACGAUCAAGCCAAGCCACGUGUGGAAGGAGAGAGUGGAAUCCAUUCAGAAGAAUGCACUGGACUGGUGGUCCUCCCUUUGUGAAAGACCAUGGGGUACUUCUAGUAGAUCUUUUAAUAUCAUUUUUGUAAAUGACUCACAGGAAACUCAGGAGGCACUAUAUGGUGCUCAGUCCAGAACAUCAAUAUUUAAGAUGGUACCUUCGUAGAUUAACAAGGAAUGUUUCAAUUUCC